AUGCUGUAUGCUCAAAAAGUUCAGAAUACUCGUCAAAAUCAAAUGAGUGAAAUCCAACGUAUGCGAUCUGAUGGCGGUGAGCGAAGUUUUUUACUUUGCAGCAAUCAAUAUGCUGAAAAAUUGGCACAAAUGUCUCGACCAACAACUCGACCAUCGACGCCGACGAUUGGUAACGUACGUUCAUCUACAUUACUUAUUUUAACUCCAAUGCAAUCAUUAGUAUCUCUUAACAACACCAAUAACAAUGGCAUGUCCAUAUUGAAUAUUGUAAGUAGUGAAAAAUUCAUUGUGUCAGCAAAUAGUUGCAUGUAA